AUACAUUAUAUAUCCAUCUUCUUCUACCCCAAGAAAAACCAAGCCCCCCUUUCCGUUGGAAUUGAACUUGUCUGCCCAUUUCACAGUCAAGCUUAGCCCUUCUUCAUAUAUAUAUAUAAACCCCAGAAGAAAGAAUCAAGGGCCACAAUCUGCAAGGAGCAAAGCUCACAUACAUAUACGUACAGAGGAAGAAGAAGAUCAUCGAAUUAAAGGGACCAGAGAAAGGAGAUAUCAGAAAAUGCCUUGCCUUUAUAUCUCCACUAAUGUGUGCCUCGAUGGAGUCGACACCGAACCCAUCUUCGUUGAAGCCACCAAAGCAGUCUCGUCCAUCAUCGGCAAGCCCGAAAAGUUUGUAAUGGUCAUAUUGAAAGGUUCGUUGGCCAUAUCAUUUGGAGGCAACAAAGACCCCGCGGUUUAUGCAGAGAUAAUCUCCAUGGGAGGCAUAACCCGAGAAGUGAAGAAGCAGCUCAUUUCCACUCUUGGUGCGAUCUGUCAAGACAAGUUGUCCAUUCCUCCGGCUCGAUUUUUUCUCAAAGUCUAUGACACAACAGCGCACCACAGCUAUUCUAAAUUGUGAUGAUUUGAUCAAAGAUCGACCCAUGGUGUUUGGUUAAUUUGAUUUGAGCUCGCUUAAUUAAAACACCCAGCCGGGCACCUUUGUAUUGUAUUCUCCAAUAGUUGAUCUCCCAUGAGAUGGGAAGGAAUAAAAAUAUUUAUAUUGCCUUUAUCGGUAAACAAUAUAAAGUAGAACGAGGUCCAUGAGCCUCCUCUUAAAGGCAAA